ACUUUUCGGUAUUUAGUAAAUCUUCUAACCAUAAACAUUUGCACGUGUUUUUGAGCUGUCAAAGUCAGUAAAACAAAAUUGUUGUUGAGUCAUGAAUAAUUUAACAAGUGCCGAGGAACAGAAUGCAAGAAAUAUGAAAGAUUUUCUUGAGCUAUAUAACAAGCUGACAGAAAUGUGUUUUCAGAGGUGUAUCAGUAACUUCAAUAAUAGGGGACUUUCAAGUGAUGAGGAUACAUGUGUAGGAAGAUGUGUUGACAGAUACGUCAAGUUUAACCAGCGGCUCAUGCUGACAUUUAUGGAAUUUCAAAACGCCAAGCAAGAGGCUACAAUCAAAGAAAUGGAAAAGGCUGCUGCUGAAGGUAGAGCUCCAAAUAUACCUGGUAUAGCACAGGAAAUGGCUACCCAGGCUGGUGGCAAUGUGACAGUGCCAGCAGGUCAAACACCAGCAAUACCAAGCACCCAAGAUAUAAAAUCAUGAUAAAAGUUCUUUGUGCUUGUUGAAGCAUAGGUUUUGAACAUAGACUGUUGAUGCUAGUUGUGCAGGAGAUGCAAGCU